AUGCCACGUCCAAUGCACAAUACCACCUCGCUCCCUCGCGAUCUGCGAUCGGAGCUGGGGAUCAGGGACACUUACGGCGAAAAGAAGCGAAAACAGAACGGUCCUAGCUCACGAAAAGAACGAAGACAAGCAGAGCGAACGGAGAAGAAGUCGAGAAGAACACCAGCCCCGCCGGUCCGAACCCAGAAUCAGCAUUCGCAGAAGAAGGACAGCAAAAAGGAUGGUAAGGACGAUCUCGACCAGGUCGAGGAUGCGCCGAAAGUCAAAUCCAAAGCUGCCUCCAAGGCACCCGGGGUCAAGCAAAAGGCAGCGCCCAGAUUGAACAAGGCGGAAGAGACCGAAUCCGACGAUAGCGAACCAAACUAUCUCGAUGAGGAUACAGACGAAAAUGAAUCCGAUAAUUCCCAAGAGGAACUUGAAAGCGAUGCGGACGAUGAUAUCCUCGACCGUGGACAUGUUUCAUCAACUGUCAAAUCAAAGCUAGAUCAGGACGAUGCGGAAAUUGCAGCUUUGGAAAAGAAACUGGGUCUAAAAAAGGGCAAAAAACUACCCAAGGCAUUCGCGGAGGACGGAUUGGACGAUUUGAUGGGUAACUUAGCGGAGGAUUCGGAAGACGACAGCAAGAAGCGCAAACGUGAAGCAGACGAUUGGUUGCAAAGUAAAAGACAAAAGGCCCAGGAACGGCAAGCAGCAGCUAUGGAGAUUGACGAAGAGGGCGACGAAAGUGACAGUGAAUUAGAGGUGGAUCUCGAUGAGGAAGUGUUUGGCUCGGACGACGGCAGUGAAUUCGACGGUUUCGACCCUGAGGAGAAAGCCCCUCCCAAACAGCGUGAAAACCCAUACAUUGCGCCCCCAACCAAGAAAGAGGUCACACCGGGCCAGAAAUACAUCCCACCUUCACUGCGUGCGCGCCAGGACCCUGAAACUGAAUCCCUCACAAGGCUCAAGCGACAGGCCCAAGGACACCUGAACAAGCUUUCCGAGGCCAACUUGAUCUCUAUUCUCGCUGAAUUUGAGAAGCUCUACCGUGAUUAUCCACGUCAACAUGUCACUUCAACAAUCAUUGAUCUGUUGAUGGGUUUGAUCUGCGAGAGGUCCGUCAUGGGCAUGGAUUUUGGUGCGGAGAUUGUGCAAAGGAUUGUGGAGACAUUGGAUGCUGAAGGCGACGAGCGGGGCGGCUUCGAAGGCAAAGAGAGCAUGAAUCUUGUCUCCCUUCUUGCCCAACUCUACAACUUCCAUGUCAUCGGAAGCCCGCUGAUCUUCGACUACAUUCGUCUCUUUCUAAAGGAAAUCACGGAGAGCAACACCGAGCUACUGCUCAAGGUCAUUCGCAAUUGUGGUCCCCAGCUUCGGCAAGACGACCCGUCUGCUCUGAAGGACAUUGUCCUGCUCAUUCAACCAGCAGUGGCAAAGGCUGGCGAAUCUAGUCUGUCUGUGCGAACAAAGUUCAUGAUUGAGACGAUUACCGAUCUGAAGAACAACCGCGUCAAAUCCGGUAUCGGUGCCUCCAUUACAUCCGAGCAUAUCACCAAGAUGCGCAAGAUCCUGGGAUCAAUGAACAACUCUCGCGUGAUCCGCGCCUCCGAACCCAUCAACAUUACCCGUGCCGACAUUCAUGAUUCUUCCAAGAAGGGCAAAUGGUGGUUGGUCGGCGCAAGCUGGAGAGAAGAUCCGUUGGUGUCUGCGCGACAGGAGCUUGUUGGUGUUCAAACACGAAACGACACUGCGGUGGCGGAUGACGACAGCGAAGCUGAGCCUGACCUGGGAGAUCUCGCCAAAGCACACCGCAUGAAUACUGAUGUUCGCCGAUCAAUUUUCGUGGCCAUCAUGUCUGCGAACGAUUUCCAAGAUGCCCAUGUUCGCCUAAUGAAGCUUCGCCUGAAGCGUGCACAAGAAUUUGAAAUUUCUCGUGUGCUGAUCCACUGUGCCAUGGAAGAGGAGGUACAUAAUCCUUACUAUACCCUUAUCUCCCGGCGGCUCUGCGGAGAUAUGGGCCGACGUAUCAAGAUGUCCUUCAUGUUUGCCCUCUGGAACGUCUUCAAGCGGAUGGGUGAGCGAGGAGAUGACGAAGAUGAGGAUAACUUUGACCCAGAUGACCAGGAAAAUGGUGUCAGCAUGAAGUCUGUCGUCAACUUGGCUAAGAUGUUUGGUAUGCUUAUUGCGGAUGGAAGCCUGACGCUGAGCGUUCUCAAGAACCUUAACUUCGCCUAUCUGCAACCCAAGACCAAAACAUUCGUGGAGAUCUUGCUCAUCAGCAUCAUCCAACAAUCGCAAAAGACCAAGAAGGCCAACAAGAAGAAGAAGGCAAACAAGGAUGUCUCGGAAGAGUCGAACAGAGACGAGGAGUCAUUGAUGCAAAUCUUCCUGCGCGUUCAGGAUACGCCUCAUAUCGCUAAGGGCCUGAUCUUCUUUAUCCGCAAGGUUGUCGCCAAGAGCGAUAUUGUGACUGAAAAGGAUGAGAAAAUGAUCCGCUGGGGAUGCAAUGUCGCCGUGGACGCACUCAAGGCUGUCAAGGAUUAA